AUGGGAUUGAUCUUCCCGGAGACUCGCACCGAUUGGAAAUUUGACCUUGUCGGUCUUCUCGCCAUCAUUGGAGAGUCUAUCAUUGAGGAGGUUGUUCAACCCCUAACUGCUUCACCAACAAUUUUACUUCCAAGGCUGCUGCCGGCGCCACAUGCACUAAUUCGACCUUCUCGCCGAACGGCACUUCCGUCGACUCCUGUCACCGUUCAUGGCGUCUACUCAGGGAUUCAGUUACAAAGUAUUCCUUAUUUCCCUAGCAUGAUCCACCAGCUCGAGCUGACUCGACCCUACGAAUUCCAAAAAAUGACGAUUGAGCUGUGUCAAGACGACGAGGAAGUUCUCCGUCCCGGCCACGAUAAAAUAGCGACAGUUAAGAAAUUGGCACCCCUGAAAUUAAUCACAAUCUGCAGUUCUGUUUGGACGGCUGGUGUUUUGGCCUGGGCAAUCGUGCUUCGUGAUGGCCCCGCAGUUGUUGCAAUUGUUCUGGUAUCUCUUGCCAGCAGUUUUCACAGUGCUGCCUCAUUUUGGCAGUCCGAUGCAAUAGUUAGGCCCAGCUCGACACGGUCGCCCCCCGGUGACCUUGUUCUUCGAACUCGAGAAGGGGCUUUCAUUGUGGUACAUUGCAAAGAAGCAGUCGCGAGGCUACUAUAUACGGGCGAAGUAAAAUGUGCUUAUGUGGCGGGAGCCAAGCUGUAUAGAAUCCUUAUUUACGUGGGCACCUUGCUUUUAAUGCUGGGCAUUGUAUUGAUGUCUAAUUGUUCCUGGACCAUGCAGGUCACUCUCGGUGCUUCCUACCUGGCACUGAAUGUCAUCUAUAUGUUCUGUGCUCUAACGCCUGCAGUCAGUCGGACAUGGCAUUGGAAUAUGCGGCUGGUUAGGGUAGUAGACAAAUCUACUAUCAUCACGGAAAAUUAUACUGAGGCUAUUUGGCUUGCUAUUAGAGCCACCAAAGAAAUUGACUGGGUCAGAAAAGGAGGUCUUAUUCCUCAAACGAUGGUGUGGAAUGUGUGGCUUGAUGAGGCAAAACUUAACGCUUCAAAUGGCAAUGCCAAUUGGCCUGCUACUAAGAGGAAGGACGAACUCUUACUUGAGGAUGCACUGGCGAAAGAGGCAAGCAACCAGGAUGAUGAUAUGUCGCAGCCCAAGAGGAGGCCGACAUUACUGUAG